AAUACGCAUCAGAGUAGGUGGCGGAAAUGCACCAAAAGCUGGUUUGACAACCGCCAUAAAUCCAAAGAAGAAGAAGAAGGAAUCAAUACACAACAGAGCGCACAACAUGAGCUUCACCACUGAAGAAAGAGGAAACCCUAACACCUUGAGCUACAGGGUGUUUUUCAAGAAUUCAGAUGGAAAGUACAUUUCACCAUUCCAUGACAUACCUAUGUAUGCAGAUGAAGCUCAGAACAUUUUCCACAUGGUUGUUGAGGUACCAAGAUGGACAAAUGCAAAAAUGGAGAUUGCUACAAAAGACCCUCUGAACCCAAUUAAGCAAGAUGUGAAGAAGGGCAAUUUGCGCUAUGUGGCAAAUGUUUUCCCACAUAAAGGCUACAUUUGGAAUUAUGGAGCAAUUCCUCAAACUUGGGAAGACCCUGGGCACAAAGACAAUGACACAGGGUGUUGUGGUGACAAUGACCCAGUUGAUGUCUGUGAAAUUGGUAGCAAGGUGUGCUCUCGUGGUGAUGUUAUCAAAGUGAAAGUCCUGGGUGUUUUAGCAAUGAUUGAUGAAGGCGAAACUGAUUGGAAAGUCAUCGCAAUCAAUGUCGAUGACUCUGAGGCAAAGGACUUGAACAACAUUAGUGAUGUAAGGCGACUCAAGCCAGGCUACCUUGAGGCCACAGUGGAUUGGUUUAGGAGGUACAAGGUACCUGAUGGGAAACCUGAAAACCAGUUUGCAUUCAAUGGAGAGUUUGAAGACAAGGACUUUGCCAUUGAGACAAUCAAAGCCACCCAUGGCUACUGGAAAGAACUUGUCUCACAUCAUACCAAUGCUGGAGAACUAAACUGCAAGAAUACGUGUGUCUCAGAGGGAGAUAGUCCGUUCUACUGUUCAGCAGAUGAAGCCAAAGCAGUUGUUGAUGGAUCAUGCCCGUGUGGAGAUGCCAGUCCAAUUCCUAGCUCAGUUGACAAAUGGUUCUACUAUGCGAAGAACUGAACAAUACAACACUGUGGAUGGACCAGUCUGGUCACAUGUCUAGAAUAUGUAUGUCAAUAUCUGUGUAGAAUAAUGGAUGUUUUAGAAAACAUGUUUACAUAAGACUUUUCCUGGGGCAUGAAUCUUACACUAACAUUAUGAGGAGUUAACUAAUGUCUUGCUAAGUUAAGUUUUGUAUUUGAUUAAGGUAUUAGAUAUUCUGUGGAACAGAUAAUAAUGUUAGCAAACAGUCUGGUCAAACUCAGGUACUGUAGAAUUAUGAACAAUUGCUUUAAUAAAACUUUUCUGAUAUGAUACUGCUGUUAUCAAAUACUGCUUUGUUUAAGGUGCCCUCACUAAAAAUGUUUUACUCCUAUAGAAAUGAAUUGUAAUUGUAAAAUAUAUGUUUAAAAUCAUGACCACUCACAUGAAAUGAAGACUUCAGUCAUAUCUGUAACACUAUAAAAGCUGUUUUAUUUUACAUGAAGAGGGUCCCCUCAUGGGGGCUGCCAUGUUAGAAUCACAUGACCAGUGCAACACUACUUGCUUAAUCUAAGUAUCCGCCCUGUUAUUAGACACUUUCACUCAAGGAUUAAAUUAAUCAUAGCUGACUGUGUAUAGUACAUUUCUACAGUGGCAUCUGAAACUUAAAACCAUUGAUUUUGAAUAAUGCUGCAUCCAAGACACUAGGUGUCAGUGUAGGUCCAAGAUGACACAAACAAAGAGCUAAUGAGUGCACCUUUAUUUACUCGUCCUCGUGAUGUUUAAACCCAUAUGACUUUGUUUCUUCUGCGGAACACAAAGGGAGAUAUUUUCAAGGAUGUUCCGUUCAUUGAUUUCAAUAUAAUAGCAGUUGACAGUGCUUCACUUUAAAGCUAAAAGAGCACCAAAAGUGUUCUAAAAGUACUCCAUGCGACCUGUGCGUCAUUUACCAUGUCUUCUAAAGGCUUUGUCUAAUAAGCAGAUGAAAAUUUAAGUAAUUAUUCAGUUUCAAAUCAAAUCAUUGAUCAACUCCUGUAAACAGCACAGAUCACAUAUGGUGACAACAAUCAAUAACAUCAAACCUCACUGAUUCUCAGUCGCUGUCAACUUUGUAUUGACAUCAGCGAAACAUCCAUUUAUUAUGUCUCAUUUUGUGUUUCACAGAAGAAAGUCACUGGUUUGGAAUGACAUGAGGGUGAGUAAAUGAUGACAGAAUUUUCAUUUUUGGGUUAACUAUUUCUUUAAUGUCUUUGUAUAGCUCCUCCUACUAUACUAAUAAAAAAUUAGACUAGUAAAUUUUUUUUUUUUACCUUUAUAAAACA